AUGGCGCCUCUGUCCUACUCCAAGACCGCCAAGGUCCCCCGUCGUCCCUUCGAGGCUGCCCGUCUUGAUUCCGAGUUGAAGCUUGUCGGCGAGUACGGUCUUCGCAACAAGCGAGAGGUCUGGCGUGUCCAGCUUACCCUCUCCAAGAUCCGUCGUGCCGCUCGUCAACUUCUUACCCUCGACGAGAAAGACCCGAAGCGAUUGUUCGAGGGCAACGCCCUCAUUCGUCGUCUGGUCCGUGUCGGCGUGCUCGACGAGUCCCGCACGAAGCUUGAUUACGUGCUUGCGCUCAAGGUCGAAGAUUUCUUGGAGCGCCGCCUCCAGACCUGCGUCUAUAAGCUCGGUCUCGCCAAGUCUAUCCACCACGCCCGUGUCCUGAUCCGCCAGCGCCACAUCCGCGUCGGCAAGCAGAUCGUCAACGUGCCCUCAUUCAUCGUCCGUCUCGACUCCCAGAAGCACAUCGACUUCUCCCUGACCUCACCCUUCGGCGGCGGGCGCCACGGCCGCGUCUCCCGGAAGAAGGCCAAGGCCACGGAGAAGGGCGACGGUGGCGAAGAGGAGGAGGAGGAAGAGUAG